GGUUCUGGCAUCGCUUCUGGGCUGCAGGAAGGGGACGUCUGUUUGUGUACGACUGCGUUUGAUUCAGUGCGCAGGUUUGAUCUUAUAUUUAAGGUCUGUAAGACAGUGGCGGUCAGUGGUCUGGCGGCGGGGGGCGUCGUUUCCCGCUGUUCAUUCCUCUGCUCGGUCACUGUGUUCAGAGAGGAGUCGGUGCGACGGCAGGAGGAUGGGUUUAGGUGCUGAUGUCCGCAGUUGUGUAGGACAGGCCCGGUUUAUCUGGAUAUGAUCUGAUUGCGGAGGAAGAGAGUGUCCGGCCGUCUCUCAGCCCCGCUCAGGUUUGGGUUCGGGUGCUGAUGUAGGGAUGGUGAUGGUGAAGGGCUGUCUUAAAUCCCAAAGAUGCAGCCGCAAUAAAAGAAGUGUUUAAUAUAGUCUACAGCGCGAGCUUUAAUACAGCGAGCACCGGAUCCCCGCACGGUGAGGAUGCGCGGACAGUAAGGACCAUGGUCCGGUCUCUGCAUUAGGAUCACAGCAGCAUCAGGACCGGAGCAUCACUGACCGCAGCUAAACAUCAUCACCACCACCACCACCACCACAGCACCGCCUGGUCCAUCACAGCGAGGCCCACCCGCUCGGUUCCGUCCCCCCAGAGCAUGAUACCAGGAUCUCCAGCAGAAAUGCUCCCCGCCUCUGAAGCUGCUAAGAUCUACCAAACCAACUACAUCAGGAACUCUCGCGCUAUCGGAGUCCUGUGGGCCAUCUUCACCAUCCUGUUCGCUAUCGUGAACGUUGUGUGCUUUAUUCAGCCGUACUGGAUCGGUGAUGGCGUCGAUACUCCGCAGGCCGGCUACUUCGGCCUCUUCCACUACUGCAUCGGGAACGGAUUAUCCCGGGAUCUGACCUGCGAGGGCAGCUUUACUGAGUUCGGCUCCAUCCCCUCGGGCGCCUUUAAGGCCGCUUCGUUUUUUGUCGGAACCUCCAUGGUGCUCGUGCUGUCCUGUAUCGGAUGCUUUGCACUUUUCUUCUUUUGCAGCACUCUCACCGUCUACAAGAUCUGCGGGUGGAUGCAGCUUGGCUCUGGUGUAUGUCUGGUGCUGGGCUGCAUGAUCUACCCUGAUGGCUGGGACUCAGAUGAGGUGAGACGUCUGUGUGGAGAGCAAACGGGGAAAUAUUCCAUUGGAGCUUGCUCUGUUCGCUGGGCCUACAUCCUGGCCAUCAUGGGCAUUCUGGACGCGCUCAUCCUGUCUUUCCUGGCCUUUGUGCUGGGCAACAGGCAGGAUGGGCUGAUGGCUGAGAAACUUCUGGCCGAGAGCAAGGACUAAUAGGAGGGAUACUGUGAGCGAGAGUCUCUUCUUUGAAGAAGAAGAAGUAUGGCAGUCCUGCAAAUCAUCGAUCCUCACAUCACCCAUCAAGUGGCCAUUGUGUCCAUAUUACAGUGUAUCUAGGUCUACGUAGAGCAUUUCAGCCCCUAUUCAUUUUAUAGCAGACUGUAGACCAUCAAGAGGACCGGCAUCAUAAAGGCAUUUUACUCUUCACUCACAUUCACAUUCUGAUAUGUAACACAUUCGUGUUAGAAUAGUUCACCCUGCAUUUACUUGAAGAUCACCAUGUGUAGGUUCAUUUUGUGACAAUGUUAAGUCAUAGAAUUAAAUAUAACAGUAAAGGUUAAGUAAUAAUAACAAUACUUAUAUAUUUUUCUCCAGUACUGUUUUAGUUAGUGUUUUGUAUUUGGGUAUCGAAAAAACAAAGUAGUAAUUACCUGGAUUCAAGCCUCUGACAGUUCAGAUUUGUUGCCUAUUUAUCACUGAAUAUUAAAGUAUAUUAAUGAUUACCUGCAAUAACAUGUGAUUUGUGCCCAUUUCAGACUGCAUAUGGACCCUGGUCUGUUGUCAUUGAUAAAACAUGUCAUUUUACAGAUAUGCUGUAAAAGAGAGGACGAUGUUUUUCUUUUAAAAGUUGAUCGAUGUGUGAAUUUGAAUGAAGGAAAACAUUGGCGCUGCGGGAAAGAAAUGUAAUAUAUGUGAACUGUAUAGUGAUGUAUGGUGAUAUGACAAGUUAUGAGGAAGUGAAUUUAAUGGCAUUUCAUAAAGACUGUCUUGUAAAUAUUAUGGACAUUAACCAGCCACCUCAAGGCUAAACUGAAGAAAGAAUAUCUGAACAUCAACUUCGUCAAUCAGUUCACCAGCCUAAUCGUACUGACCAAGUAAAUCUUUAUCUGUAAAUAAGAUGUCUUAUCUGUGAUUGAUGCAGGAGAGCUAACGUUUCUAGCAUCUGUUAUCACUGCUCAGCACUGUACGCAAGUCACUGGUAUGUUAAACUGUGUUAGUCUUAUUAGAAUUGAAAAACAUUGUGCAGCUUAAUAAAGAUUUUCAUUCUGUACUCUCACCCAAA